GAACGACUCGUUCAAUACUCGCACAUCGCUUAUGUCCAGCUGUCGCGUGUGUGUCACUUGAUUCUCGGUACCUUAACGUAAAGACAACCAUGGCGAGCCGACUUCUCUUCCGAACGUGCUCAACGACGUUGCAGUUAAGGAGCAGAAUGUUGUUACAGCGCUCCAUGACCACCGUGAAAGGAAUACCAACCGAUGAAGAACAAGCCACUGGACUGGAACGCCGUGCCCUCCAAGCCCUCAAACUGGGGAAGGAUCCCUACAGUAUAUUGAAACCUAAAGAGUACGCUGGAACCAAAGAAGACCCUCACAUUGUGCCUUGUAUUGGAAAUAAGAGGCUGGUGGGCUGUCUUUGUGAGGAAGACAACACUGCCAUUGUGUGGUUCUGGCUCCAUGAGGGAGAUGCCCAGCGCUGCCCCUCUUGUGGGUCCCAUUACAAGCUGGUCCAUCAUGAGUUGCCCCAUUAAAUGAUCACUUUUAUGUCUUUGAAGCCACAAAUAAAUGAUCACAAA